ACCCGGCGGACCUCUCGCCUCGGUGCAGACAGCACGGGGAAGAGGGGAAGCAGCUCUGCUGGGAACAGGGAGGGACCUCCGGGGAAGCGAAACCGAAACUUUGCGCCCAGUCGGCGGGGCGGGCCGCGCCUUUACCCCAGUCCCGGCCCAGCGGCGUCCCGGAGCCCCGCGCCCUCCUGACGUGCAGAGCCAUGGCCUCCGACCUGCGCCCGCCGUCCCCCCUGCUCGUGCGGGUGUCCGGGUCCGGCGUCCGGGUACAACGGAAGCUGGAGAGCUACUUCCAGAGCUCUAAGUCCUCGGGCGGCGGGGAGUGCACGGUCAGGCCCCAGGAACACGAAGCCCCGGGCACCUUCCGGGUGGAGUUCAGUGAAAGGGCAGCUAAGGAGAGAGUGUUGAAAAAAGGAGAACACCAAAUGCUUAUUGACAACGAACCUGUGCCCAUUUUCCUGGUACCCACUGAAAAUUCAAUAAAGAAGAACACGAGACCUCAAAUUUCUUCACUGACACAGUCACAAGCAGAAACACCAUCUAGUGAUACGCAUCAACAUGAAGGACAUAUUCCUAAUGCUGUGGAUUCCCGUCUCCAAAAGAUCUUUCUUACUGUAACAGCUGACCUGAACUGUAACCUGUUCUCCAAAGAGCAGAGGGCAUACAUAACCACACUGUGCCCCAGUAUCAGAAAAAUGGAAGGUCACGAUGGAAUUGAGAAGGUGUGUGGUGAUUUCCAAGACAUUGAAAAAAUACAUCAAUUUUUGAGUGAGCAGUUCCUGGAAAGUGAGCGGAAACAAGAAUUUUCCCCUUCAGUGACAGAGAGGAAGCCACUCAGUCAGCAGGAGAGGGACAGCUACAUUUCUCCUUCUGAACCAGAAACCAAGGCAGAAGAAAAAAGCAACUGUUUUGAAGUUUCCUUGCCUUACUUUGAAUACUUUAAAUAUAUCUGUCCUGAUAAAAUCGACUCAAUAGAGAAAAGAUUUGGUAUAAACAUUGAAAUCCAGGACAGUUCUCCAAAUAUGGUCUGUUUAGAUUUCACCUCAAGUCAAUCAGGUGACCUGGAAGCAGCUCGUGAGUCUUUUGCUAGUGAAUUUCAGAAGAACACAGAACCUCUGAAGCAAGAAUGUGUCUCUUUAGCGGACAGUAAGCAGGCAAAUAAAUUCAAACACGAAUUGAAUCAACAGUUUACAAAACUCCUUAUAAAGGAGAAAGGAGGAGAAUUAACUCUCCUUGGAACACAAGAUGACAUUUCAGCUGCCAAACAAAAAAUCUCUGAAGCUCUUGUCAAGACACCUGUGAAACUAUUCACUGUCAAUUACAUGAUGAAUGAAAUUGAGGUUGAUAGUGCCCACUAUAAACUUUUAGAAACUGAAUUACUACAGGAGAUAUCAGAGAUCGAAAAAAGGUAUGACACUUGCAGCAAGGUUUCUGAGAAAGGUCAGAAAACCUGCGUUCUGUUUGAACCCAAGGACAAGCAGGUAGAUCUAUCUGUGCAUGCUUAUGCAAGUUUCAUCGAUGCCUUUCAACAUGCCUCAUGUCACUUGAUGAGAGAAGUUCUUUCACUGAAAUCUUUGGGCAAGGAGAGAAAGCAUUUAUAUCAGACCAAGUUUGCAGAUGACGUCAGAAAAAGACAUCCAAAUGUACACUUUGUGCUAAAUCAAGAGUUAAUGAUUUUGACUGGUUUGCCAAAUCACCUUGCAAAAGCCAAGCAGUAUGUUCUAAAAGGAGGAGGAAAAUCUUCAUUGGCUGGAGACAAACUGAAGGAGGAUCAUGAAACACCGAUGGACAUUGAUAGCGAUGAUUCCAAAGCAGCCUCUCCGCCACUCAAGGCCUCUGUGAGCUCUGAGGCCUCAGAAGUGGACAAGAAGGAAGAGGGCAUCUGUGUCAUCUGUAUGGACACCAUUAGUAACAAAAAAGUGCUGCCAAAGUGCAAGCAUGAAUUCUGCGGCCCUUGUAUCAGCAAAGCCAUGUCAUAUAAGCCAAUCUGUCCCACAUGCCAGACUUCCUAUGGUGUUCACAAAGGAAAUCAGCCAGAGGGAAGCAUGAUUGUCACUGUUUCAAGAGACUCACUUCCAGGUUAUGAGUCCUGUGGCACCAUUGUGAUUAAUUAUUCUAUGAAAGGAGGCAUACAAACAGGAGAACACCUAAACCCAGGAAAGAGAUACUCUGGAACACAGCGAACUGCAUACUUGCCUGAUAAUGAGGAAGGAAGGAAGGUUUUGGAACUGCUUCGUAGGGCCUUUCACCAAAAGCUGAUUUUCACAGUGGGGUACUCUCGCGUAUUAGGAACCUCAGAUGUCAUCACUUGGAAUGAUAUUCACCACAAAACAUCCAAGUUUGGAGGACCAGAAAAGUAUGGCUACCCUGAUCCUUCUUACCUGAAACGUGUCAAAGAGGAGCUGAAAGCGAAAGGAAUUGAGUAAGAAAACUGCUGGAAGAUGUCUUAAAUCAAGCUUUCAAAAAAAUAUAUUUUAGGAGGCUAAUUUUAUGCCAAUCUAAAUCCUUAUGUAGAAAAGACUUUGAAAUUUUUCUUCUUAAGAAAUGGUUUGUAUAAGAAUAAGAAUCUGCUAGCCUGUCAUUUCUGGAGUGAUUUUUUUUUUGAGACAGAGUCUCGCUCUGUCGCCCAGGCUGGAGUGCAGUGGUGCGAUCUCAACUCACUGCAAGCUGUGCCUCCCGGGUUGACGCCAUUCUCCCCGCCUCAGUCUCCUGAGCAGCUAGGACUACAGGCGCCCGCCACCACGCUCGGCUUAUUUUUGUUUUUGUAUUUUUAGUAGAGACGGGGUUUCACUGUGUUAGCCAGCAUGGUCUCGAUCUCCUGAUCUCGUGAUCUGCCCGCCUCAGCCUUCCAAAGUGUUGGGAUUAUAGGCAUGAGCCACUGCGCCUGGCCCUGGAGUGAUACUUUUUAUGGAAGACAAAAGCCCCCCAAAUCUGUGUAAAAUCUGCUGCAAGGGUGUCAUGCCUCUUGUGUCAUCACUGGGGUUAGAGGUGGGUCUGAAAUCAUCUUCUAUGUCCUUCAGUUGAACUAUCAGCUGCCAAUUGAUCCCUUUUUCAUUGCCAUCUCUGGGAUGGUUCUUCAUUUUUUUGUGUGUUUUCCCCUUAAUCUCUACGUGUGAAAGUGAAAUUCUAUUGUAAAUGGGAGGAAAAAGGGUUAGUUGUGGGAAAUUAAAGACCCAUAUUCCGCUUUCUUACUCAUGGCAAGAAAAGUGGCCAUGAGUAGAGAUUGGGCAAGCAUUGGUAAUAAAUGGAAUAAAACUAAUUAUUAUUAUUAUUAUUAGA